CCAUGGCAGAUGUUGCUCAGGCCUUAGUGCCUCCUGACUCUGGGCAACCUGAGUAUGAGGAAGAAGAUAUGGAGGAACACAUGGAAGGAUCAGAAUCAGAUUACCACUCUGAAGAUGAAGAAGACUAUGACAGACAUCAUUCUCAUCAUGAUUCGAUGCCACUGGAACCUACCAAAGUCGAAGAACAUGAAGAAGAGGUCGAUGAACACGAGGAGGAGGUUGAUGAAAACUUGGACGGGAAUCAAGAAGGAAUUCCAACAGUCAAGAAGAUAAGGACUGUAAAGAAAGUUUUCAGAUGUUCACUCUGUGAUUUCUUCUCAUUUAACCGGGACAACACAGAACAGCACAUUAAAAUACACAAUGAGCCUCAGAACACUAAACUAUACUAUUGUGCUACCUGCAAGUACUCCACCAGAGUUAAACCUUACUUCGAUAAGCAUAGGAAGCUGCAUAGUAACACUAUCGUCCGACCGUUCAAAUGUUCCUAUUGUGAGUAUCAAGGUAGGUUCAGGUCCCACACAAGAGCACAUGAGAUGCGUCACCACACUGGAGAAAAGCCGUACGUCUGUAGUCUGUGCGACAGAGGGUUUGUUGAGCAGCACAUAUUGGCACGUCACAUGCGCACUGCGCAUACUGAUGAACGCCCAUAUGUUUGUGAUGUCUGUAGUAGGUCUUACAAGCAGCUCAAUGCUCUGAGAGUUCACCAAAGAAAGCAUUUUGAUGAUGCUUAUGUGUGUGAGUUUUGUCAGAAGAGGUUCUCUACCAUACAUCAGUUGCAGAGGCAUUUGGAGUCUCAUCAGGACAAAAACAUUGGAUGUCCUAUCAAAGGAUGCACUUUUAAAACAAUCAACAAGCAAAGAAUUGAUAACCAUGUCAAGAACUUUCAUAAGAAAAGGAAGUGCUCAGAAUGCGACUACGUCACUAACAUUCACAGAGAGUACAUCAGGCAUCGCAAUUCUCACAACAAGAAAAUCAUUCGAACAUACAAGUGCCCCCACUGUCCUAAAACUUUCGCAAGUGUCCACAACAUGAAAAAGCACCAGUCAGUUCAUACUGGAAUAAGAGAAUUCCAAUGCAACAAGUGUCCUUACAACACCCAGAAGAAAGCCAUCCUUGUGAAGCAUCUGGAGCUGCAUCACCUGAUUGAGAGUAAUCCUGAGUUAAUGAGCAAGUUCCUUAAAUGUGACCAGUGUGAUUUUAUCUGUGAGACAAAGAAAAUCUUAGGAGUCCACAGACGUAUUCACAACACAAUGAACAGUGCCAAGGAGAGCUCUGAAGUGAAUGAGGGGUCCUAUUCCUGUAGUAUAUGUGACAACAUUCUCGGAUCACGAGAUGAGCUUGUCGAGCAUCUUCUACUGGAGCAUAGUAACUACAGAACCAAUAAGUGUCACCACUGCCAGUACACAACCACUGUGCUUUCUGAGAUGACACUUCAUCUUGACUUCCACGAAAUCCAGUCCAAUGAAAGUGCUGAUGUGCACACAUGUGAGCAAUGUGGCUACAUGAACAUUGAUCAUGAUGAUUUCGCUGACCACAUCAAGCGCUGUGCCCAAGAGCACUUGCAGAUGAAAAAUGAUACCAAAAAGGGAGGUCCCCAUACAGAAAUCAAACCUUACAAAUGCCCAUUAUGUAACAGUAGGGUUCAGACAGCAUCAAGUCUUAAAACCCAUGUCAUUUCCCAUUCUGGUGUACACAAGGGUCGCAAGCACCUCAAAUGCAACAAGUUGCCACAUCCUGCUGAUGGAAGCUUUGGAGAGAAUGACAGACAGGGGGAAGCCAAAGUCCUCCUCUGUACACACUGUGACUUCUACACAAACAAUGCUGGAGCACUGACAUCCCACCAGAAAGUGCAUCAAAUGCAUGAUGACUCAUUUGUGGACACUAACAGGAACAGCAAAAUGCAACCAGUUGAAGGUGCUGGUGAGGAUGAACAUGUCACUGAUGAUGGAUAUGAUGAGCUCGAUUCAGGAGCUGAGUCUGAUGAUUUGGAGGAGUCAGAGGAGUUGUCAGACGUUGAUGGAGAGACGGUUGAAAUGGGACCGGAUGAUUGCAACGAUGAGGAGAUGGAUGAAGAGAUGGACCACCACACGGGUGAUAGUCAAGAGCUAGAGGAUGGAGAACCUGGACAAACAGUUCAUCCAAGUCAAUAUAAUUUUAAAACGGAACAGUAAACUGUUAUUAACUCUGUGACCUUUAGCUUUGGCUUAUAAUUUGUUCAAAUUUAGCUUUGAAGUGUAGAAGAAGUAGGUUUAUAUAAAAUCUUAAAAGAAUUUAGUACAUAAAUCAGACUAUGAACUAAUUCAGCUUAAGAUCAAAUAAAAAAUAUCAAUUUGUAAUGAUUUUAUUGUUAGAAAAUGUUAGUUCAUGAGCUUUCAUCACUUAGUUAUACACUGUUGAAUGUUAAAGUGCAUUACAUUCCAAAAAUGAUGAGCCUUCUCUUAGUAUGGUUCAUACAGAGGUCAGAGGCUGUUAUAUUGAGCAAUUAAUUUUAAUAAGACUUUUCACGAUAUGAACAUACUCCACUAUAGGAUAGCUUAUAUUUUGAAUAUAUAAUAUGAAUAUUAACCUACAAUCUACAGUUACUAUAAAGUAAAACUUAUCUUUACAGUGAAUUGAAAAAUUAAUUUGGAUACUAACAUUUUGAGUAAUGUCUUUAAACUUUUUGAAGUGAAUAUUGGAUGUAAUCUGGCUUGUUUUCGUCAUGUUAUUCUGUUCCUAAAGGUCUAUUCAUCUGAAUGUUCCUAAAUUUUCCGCAUUAAAUAUCUUAGCAUUCGUUCCAAUUUCUGCAGAGAAAAAGAAUCUUUUAAUGAAUGCCUUGAAAUGCUUCUUGAAAUGAUAUUAGACCAGCAAUGUUGGCUAAUUUAAGUUGUCAGCUUUCACAGCAGUUACACUAUAAUAAUAUGAUCUAUAAAUUAUUUAGAUAUUAUUGUGUUAAUUUAAAAUCCACAAUGUAGUGAUUUUGUUGUUCACAAAUCAGCAUACCUUUUUAAAUAUAACUUAAAAUCAGUUAAUUUAAGGCAUGUAGUCAUAAUUGAUUAAUUAUGGUUAUUGCUAAAAUCUUUUUCUUAACCACGCUCAAAUGACCAAUUUAAAAUAUUUUUCGUUCGAAUUUGGGUACAAGCGACUGCUUGGUCCUAACUGAACGUAUUUUACUUUUCUGGCUGUUUCACUGGAGAAUUUGUCGAUGAAAAAUGACUGGUCAGGGACUAUCCGCCCCUAACCAGUUUUUUCAAGUGAUUGAUGUAAAAUUACGCUCGACAAUUAAAAAUCUUAACCUAUUUGAACUUACAGUGGAAGUAAUUUACAUAUAUUGUGGUAUGUUAUGCUUUAUC